AUGUUAGAUCGAAGAAGUUAGAGUCCAAUAGCCACAAGUCAAAGAAUGGGAACUGCAAGAGCCAUUUUCGAUACAGGUCCUGAGCCAGAACCCACAAAGAGACUAACCAGGUCAAUAAGAAAUACUAGUACCGAACAAAAAUAAGCUGAACAAAAAUAAAUGCUUUUUUAAUAUGGAGGAGUGUCAUCCCUGGACAUGAAUUCCCCCAAUGUCCACCAGUACCCAAAUUAACAAGCAAACUAUCAAUCAUCAGAGAUGGACACCUACAGGACCAGCUAAGUCCAUAAGCCAAUAGAAGUGAAUGCAUAACCGACUUCAUAAUUUAAUUACUAAAGUAUCGAUUAUUAAAAACCACAGACCGGAUCAUUUAUAUAGACAGCAUAUAUCAACAAAUUUUAAGAACCCUAAGGUAGUGUGAAGAACUACUAGAGCAAAACAACUUAUGAAGUUCCUAAGUCUGACCCAAAAUAUCAGAUGUACGAUUUUGAUAAAAUGGCAAAAUAAGAAAAACCGAAAGUUUAUGAGAAAUUUGAACCUUACAAGUUUGAACCACUUAAAUAUGAGCAAUUCGAAAAAAUAAGGGAUGUUCAAUCUUCACAGAGAUCAAUACCAUAACCUAAUAUUUCAAUCAUAUAAACUUCAAACAAUCCAUUUCCUCAAGACCGAAUUACUUUGGAUACUUAAUUUAACAGAUCGAGUAUGAACUUGCCUUCAGAGUAAGUAAGUCUGAGUAAAUAAAAAAUCAAUGAAUCCUUCCGACAAUAGGAAAUUGUGAUUUAAAAUUAAAAGCCCUCUGAGCAGAUAUUAUAUAAAUCCAACUAUAAGGUACCCUCUGAACGUGAAGAAUCUGUUAAGAUGGAAUACAGACCUACUACUCCAGUUCAGACUCAAUCAUAAUAACAAUAGUCUAUAGCAAAAUAGUCUGAUGAUCAUCUCUAUAGACAAGAACCAAUUGAAAUCAACUUCAAACCCAGUUAUGGCGAACCAUAGAGGAAAUAUGAAGAUGAGUAUGCCAUUGUAGAAAACGAGGCAAAUGAACAUGAAUUCAAUGCAGGAUGUCUAAUCUUUUGA